AUGUAGUCUUAACAAAAAUUAGCAGAUUUAGUACAAAAAAUCAUUUCAUGCUAAUCAAAUGAUGAAAUCAAGUAAUUAGAAGAGAAGUUUAUUAGCAUUAAGAAAAAGGAUAAUGAUUAGUUUAUAUUAGAUAUGCUGAGCGUUAUUACAGAUGAAAAUUAGAAUAAAGACUUAAAAGUAUUCGCAAUAAAUGAAAUUAGAACAUCUCUUUCAGAUUAUUCAAAAUCAACAAAUCCUAUAAUUCUAAAAAACAUCAAUUAAGAUACAGUGAUUAUGUUGUAGAGCAUUUUAAUUAAUUAGCUUACAUAUGAAUAGAAUUAAUCUCUAAGGAAGCAGAUAAGUGAAGCAGUAGGAGAAGUAGGUGCUUCUUUGAUUAAUAGAAAUAUGUGGGAUGGAUUAAUCCACUUACUUUGGGAAUUAUUUGAUUAGUAGAAAUUGGAAAUUUAACAAUCUGCAUUUAUCAUACUAAGGGUAUUAAUUUAAUACAGCCACUCAGCUUUUUAAAAUAAUCUUAAAGAGCUCAACAUACUUCUUAAUAAUGGUUUAUUACAUUAAGAUUAUACAAUCAAGGUCGAAGCAAUAAAGACUUUAGGCGUUUUAAUGCAGUAGUUAGAGAGAAAGCUUUGCAAAAAUUUUAACAAUUUAUCAAUUCCAUUCUUAGAAUCUGUGUAUAACAUUUUAUAACAAGAUAAAGUUUAAAAUUAAAAUAAUGAUGAUGCUGAGGAGAAUGAAAAUGUCCUCAGUGCUGUUAACGUGAUCUUUGAUAUCUCAGAUUAGGAACCUUCUUUCUUUAAGAAUAAUUUUAAUGAAUUUUAUAUAGGAUUGACAAAAAUGAUUUAAGAAUACCCUAAACCUACUAUUUAAAGAUUACUAAUAGAAUCCCUUGUCAACUUCAUUCAGCAUUUCCCUGAGUUUAUUGAGAAUUAAAACGAUAAAAUUGAAAACAUUCUUCAUUUAAUCUUUUUGCAAAUGGUUUAAAUUGAUACAGAAAUAACAUAGGAGUGGAUGAAUCCUUAAAGUGGAUAUAAUGAUGAUUUAGAAAAUGAUGAAAGAAGCGAAACAAUAAGAUUUGGAUAAAGUUUAAUAAAUUAAUACAUUCCAUGCUUUGAAGAUAUCAGCAUAGUGCUAGAUUUGGUUAUCUUAAAUAUCAAAAAGCUUUUCGAAGAGGGAAAUAUAAAGUAAGACUGGCGUUAUCCUCAUGCAGCAAUGAUGGCUCUUUCUUAAAUUGGGGAAUUUAUAGAAGAGGUAGGAACUCUAGAACCAUUACUAAAAAUAGCUUAUGAAUACUCAUUUAAUCACUAAAAUCCUUUGAUAAGAUAUGCAUUUUGUUAAGUUAUAGGUUAAAUAUCAGAUGACAUGGCUCCUUUGUUUUAAGAAACAUAUGCCAAUGAUUUAUUACCAAAAUUGAUAUAAUUACUUUAAGAUAAUACCCCACGUGUGAGAGCUCAUUCUGCUGCUGCAAUAGUCAAUUUUGCUGAAUCGAUGCAUGAAGAUGCGAUAAAACCUUUUCUUGAAAAUCUACUCAUAGGUUUAUUUAAAUUAAUUGACGAUGGAAGUAUAGUAGAGAAGGAAGCUGCAGUCGUAGCCUUAUCAAGUAUUGUUGAAUCUUCAAAGGGAUAUUUCGAAUAACAUCUUGCAAGUGUAUUGAAUAGACUUUUUUAACAUGUAAAAUAAUCUUGCAAAACAAGCUAGCUUUUGCAGUUUUGCGGAAACAUUCUCGAGUGCAUCUCUAUAACUUCUCAUUUAAUGAGAAAAGCUGCGUUCAUUCCAUAUUUAGAACCAUUUGUUGAGAUUUUAAACACCUACACAGAGUCAUUAAAAAAUUAACCUGUAUAGCACUAUAAAAAUUUAUUUGAUGCUUGGAAUAGAUUGGCACAUAAAUAUAUCGAAGAACUUUCCCCACUUGUAAACAAAUUAAUGCCUUAACUGCUCAUAUUAAUCGGUACUAUAUUGAUUGAUGACAAUCACAAAGAGUCAUUAGAUACAGAAAACAUCUAAUCUGCCAUAAAACUCAUAUCAACUUUUGCUGAUAAAUUUUCAAACUACAUGUCUGCAUUCAUUGAUUAAAUUUAUGAUCUUAUACAAAUUCAAACUUCCUCUAAAAACGAAUCAAUUAGAGAAACAGCUUGCAAGUGUUUACCCUAACUCCUUAGAUGUGUUAAAACUGACUAAGAAAAGCAAAAAAAUUUGCUUAAAGAAAUUAUAAAGAAUCUUCGUGACUGCAUAGACUCUGAAUAUGAAGCCUAGCUCAUUAUAGUGUAGUUACAAAGCAUGAGAUUAUGUAUUCAGGAAGGAAGCGAGUUUAUGAGUGAAAUGGAAUUCGAAUUUUUAAGUAACUAACUUAUGCAAGUUUUGCAAGAGUCAGAUAGAAGAAAACAAAAAUUUUAAGAAUAAAUCAAAGAUAACGAUAUUGAUUAAAUAUAAAAAUAUAUCAUACCUAAGGAGUAUAAAACAGAAGAGUAGCUCCAUAUAGAAAUAGCUCAUGUACUAGGUAGUCUUUACAAAAGUCACUAAGAGCAAGCAUUAAAUUUCUCUGCUUCAAUUUAUACUAAUAUAAUUCCAAAGACUUUUAUUGAUCCCUCCUAGGUAUUACUCUAGUAAUUUGGUAUGAUUCUCUUAUAAGACAUAGUAAAGCAUAUAGGAUUUGUCCGCUUUUACUAAAAAUGGGAAGAAAUCAUAAACGUCUUUUUGAGCUAGCUUAAUCAUGAAUCUUUAAUCAUUAAAAAAGAGUCACUAUAUGGUUUAUCUUGCUUAGUGAUUUCAACUCCUUCUUAAAUACUACAACCUUAUUUACUUUAAAUUUAAGAGAUUGCACUUUCUCUAAUCAAAGAAAGUGGAAUAUAUAUUGAUGCUUAAACAAACUCAGUAGUUAACAAUAAUUAGUUGCAUGUGUUUAAAUAAAAUCGCAAAAUAAAUAUCUUAAAAGAAUAUGCUGUAGACAUACUUGGAAAACUCAUGAAACUUCAUGGUUCCCUUUUACCGAACGAUGUCCUACUUACUUAACUGUGGAUUGCUUGCCUGCCAAUUUAAAUAGAAAAAAAAAUUGCUGAUGACCAGCACCAAAUUUACUUAUAAUAUUUGAUAAUUAGAUAAUCAUAUAUUUAAAACGAAUCUAAAGAAAACAUAUUAAAAAUUUUUUAACUGUUAGCUGAAUUUUACGAUCCUAAGAUAUGCACUUCUUUUAUGAAGCCAAUACUUGAUUAAUUUUUGUUAGAAUUUCUUGAAAACACCGCAAUCGCUGAACAAUAUAACGAAAUAUUUAAUAGCUUAUCAAAAACAUAUUAAAAAAGAUUAAAAAAUGUAAUCCAUUCUAAAAAUCAAUAAGAUUCUUAAUAAAAUUAACACAAUAUUCCUAUUCAUGUCUUAAGUUGA